AUGGCCCAGGUAGCGCCACCGGCCCACGAUCGCAAGCGCGUCAAGGUCUACGAGCUCAAGAACAAUGACUGGUUCGACCGGGGCACGGGCUUCUGCAGGGGAGUUGUAGUGAAUCAGGAAGAGGCCAAGAUUGUGGUGUUGUCCGAGGACGACCAGACGCGCCAGCUGCUCGAGACGCGCAUUAGCAAGGACGACGGCUACCAGAAGCAGCAGGACACACUCAUAGUAUGGACCGAGCAGAACGGCACCGACAUGGCCCUCAGCUUCCAGGAGCCAGAGGGCUGCGCCAACAUAUGGGAAUUCGUCAAUGAGAUGCAAUCGAGGCUGCAGCAGCUCGCUCAAGACGAUGGUCUUUCAGACGACAUCGACCACACCAGCCCCAUCAUGCUCCCCAACCCCGACCUUGGCAACCUCCACGAGAUCGAGAACCACAUGCGCGCUGCGAACUCGACACCUGGCGGCAGGGAGGCCUUGGCCAAAUUCAUCCUGGCGCAAAAGUACAUACCCAUGCUGAUACCCUUGGUCGACAUGGCCGAGGAUCUCGAGAGCGUAUCAGACCUGCAUCGAUUGUGCAGCAUCAUGAAGAUGCUGAUUUUGCUUAACGACACCUCCAUCAUCGAAUACGUGGUCCAUGAUGAUGUCAUUUUGGGUGUUGUUGGCGCGCUGGAGUACGACCCUGACUUCCCUCUACACAAGGCAAACCACAGACAAUAUCUUGCCGACGAGUCCAAGUUCAAGGAGGUAGUUAAGAUCGAAGACGAGUCGAUAAAACGAAAGAUCCAUUCAACAUACCGCCUACAGUACCUCAAGGACGUAGUGCUGGCGCGCAUCCUCGAUGAUCCUACCUUCUCAGUCCUCAACUCGCUCAUCUUCUUCCACCAAGUCGACAUAGUCCAACAUCUGCAGUCGAAUCUGCCGUUUCUUAAGGAGCUGUUCAGCAUAUUCGGGCCCAAGGAGCAAAGCAUGCAGCGGAGAAAGGAUGCAGUGUUGUUCAUCCAGCAAUGUUGCGCAAUUGCAAAAAGCUUGCAGGCCAACGGUAGAGCUCAACUGUACCAGAACUUCAUCAGCAAUGGCCUGCUAGAAGUCAUCCAGUUUGCACUGAAGCACCAAGACGCAUCUGUACGCAUUGCAGGAACCGACAUUCUCGUCUCUCUGAUCGAUCACGAUGCCCUGAUGGUCCGCAGUUAUAUCUUCAAAGCCAUACAGGAGAAGUCGAAGCCGCUGACGGAUACGCUGAUCGAGCUACUCCUGAUCGAGGUUGACCUGGGUGUCAAGGCGCAGAUGGCAGAUGCAAUCAAGAUCUUGUUGGACCCAAAUGCAAACUCAGCAUCGAUCGAGGCACUCGGCCGGACCAACAGCGACUUCCUCGCAAAGAUGAGAGGGCAACUUCCAUCGAUACCGCAGACUGAUUCCUUCAUCCAGAAUUUCUACGACGAAUCUGCACGAAAGCUCUUUCAGCCUCUCAAGGAGCUCGAAGGCAAAGAGUCCAUGGGCGAUCUUUCGAUACAAGAAGUGUCGCUUUAUGCCCACUUGGUUGAAGUGCUGUGCUUCUUCAUUCGUCAACAUUCCUACCGCAGCAAAUACUUCAUUCUCUCAGAAGGCCUUGCAGCGAGGGUCGGCCAGCUUAUGAGCUGUCCAGAAAAGCACCUUAAACUCACCGCCCUCAAGUACUUCCGCACAGUCAUCGCGUUACACGACGAAACACACAACAGACAAAUAAUCCAACACCACCUCUUCGAACCAAUCCUACAGGUCCUGUUCGACACAAUGCCACGGGACAACCUCCUGAACUCGGCAUGCCUCGAACUUUUCGAGUUCAUUAAGCGUGAGAAUAUUAAAAUCAUCGUCCAACAUCUGGUUGAGACGCAUCGCGAGAAGUUCCAGAAUAUAACAUACGUGGACACCUUCCAGAGCCUCAUCUUGCGCUACGACCAAAUGCAAGAGCCAGUUACUGUCCAAGAGCUGGACCACUCCUUCACAAGCGUGGAAAGCGACACACCUGCAAGGCCAUCUGGUUUGGUCAACGGUGGCAAGUGGGGUCAAGGGUUGAGGGAUGUGGACGCGGAUGAAGAGGCAUAUUUCAAUACAUCGGACGACGAAGACGAGUUGGCCGCCCCAGGAAAGACAGUUCUGAACGGAGCCUCGCCGGUGCGGCCGCUGGUAAACUAUCCCGACGACGAUGCCGAAGAGGACGACGUUGAUAUGGACAUUCCGCUUGCCAUGCGCAACGUACCGUCUGUCACUCAGGCCAAGGAAGAAACCAAGCCAUCGAAAACGACAAGUGCGUCAGGAUCACCACCAGAGCGCAUUUCAGAGAAGCGCCGCAGAGAGGAGGACGAAGAGGACGAGCUGCUCGCCAACAUAUCAACAACGACUGCACCGAAGCGCCGUGCUUCCACGUCAAGCAAUACAAGCACAACAAGUCUACGCAGCUUGCGCCGGAGAUCACCGCAGAUCAAUUCAGGGAAAGAUGGUGGAACGCCGAAAAAGAUAUCAAUAUCACUUCCGGUGAAUAGUGGCGGCGGGAACAACGAAAACGACUGA